ACAAACUCUUUGCAGUGACGCCUGCGCCGUGCAACCAAAGGGAAGAGGCUCAUGGGUACAGGAAGUCCAACAUGGCGAUGGAGGGAAUGAUGUCCACGUCUUCUAAUCUUUCUUAUCACAAUGUCGGGGAUUUUUACCCACGAAAGUUCGGUCCGAAGCCGGACGUGGUGCCAUCUGGGGUGACCGAGAGGAAGGUGGGGCCACUGGAUAAACCUGACAUGGUGUCGGUGGAUGUGAUCAAUAUCACGGAUUCAGACAUCUCCGUGCACCAGAAGAAGCAUGAGCACGACACAUACGUCUUGGGCACCAUUCAUCCGUUCAGGAAGACUCACAGAUCCAUUUUUGGGAAACUCCUGCAGGAAUUCAGACUGGUUGCCACAGAUAGACGGUCAUGGCGGAUCCUGCUGUUCGGGGCACUCAACCUGCUGUGCACUGGCUGUCUGCUGAUGUGGUGCAGCUCCACCAACAGCAUGGCCUUAAGGGCCUACACGUACCUCACCUUCUUCGACCUCUUCAGUUUGAUCACCUGCCUCAUCAGUUCCUGGGUGACCAUGAAGAAACCCAGUCAGGGCUACUCAUUUGGGUUUGAACGACUGGAAGUUGUGGCCGUGUUCACCUCCACUGUUCUUGUUCAACUGGGAGCCUUGUUCAUCCUGAAAGAGAGUGUGGAGCGCUUCAUGGAGCAGCCUGAGGUCCAUACUGGUCGUCUGUUGGUCGGGACCUUCGUCGCUCUCUUCUUCAACCUGUUGACUCUGCUGUCUGUCCGGAACAAACCGUUUGCCUACGUCUCAGAAGCGGCCAGCAGCAGUUGGCUUCAGGAACAUGUGGCAGAUCUGAGCGGAAGUUUGUGCGGCAUCAUUCCAGGCCUCAGCAGUGUGCUGCUGCCUCGUAUGAACCCGUUUGUCCUGAUCAACAUGGCAGGAGCUCUGUCCCUCUGCAUCACCUACACGCUCAUAGAAAUCAAUAACUACAAUGCAGUGGACACGGUGUCAGCAGUCGCCAUCGCCCUCAUGACGUUUGGUACCAUGUACCCCAUGAGCGUCUACAGCGGCAAAGUGCUGCUGCAGACGACGCCGUCCCACAUCAUCGGCCAGCUGGACAAACUGCUCAGAGAGGUGUCCACUCUGGACGGCGUGCUGGAGGUUCGCAAUGAGCACUUCUGGACGGUGGGCUUUGGAUCUCUGGCCGGCUCCGCUCAUGUUCGUAUCCGCCGUGAUGCCAACGAGCAGCUGGUCCUGGCUCACGUCACCAACCGCCUGCUGCCGCUCGUCUCCACGCUGACUAUCCAGCUCUUCAAAGAUGACUGGACCAGACCCCUCCUCAGUGGUGCCCUGUCCUCCUCCGCUGCUCCCCCUCUGGGCCCUGCUGAGGGCUAUGCCGCCCUCUCCCCCUCCUCCCUGCCUCCUCUGUUGCUUUCCUCAGGAACUGAGCUGGACCCGCUGACCUCCACGCCCUCCAAGGCCAGCAGCCCCCCUCCAGAGUUUGCCUUCAACACGCCGGGGAGGAACAUGCAGCCGGUGGUGCUGCCUGCUGCGGGACAUCAUGCCCACAGGCCCUACGGCGGCCUGGGACUUGCCUAUGGGGGGUCUGCCUACACAGGGAUGCUGAGUCAGGGUCUGGCACGGCCCGCUGGCGGCCCGGGCCUCGGUGUGCAGGGUCUAGGUGCUGGGUUUGGACUUGGUGUGAGUGGGAGCGGGGUGACAUCCUCUCAGAGUUACAGAACUGCCUUUGGAGAGUCAGUAGCACCGCCCCGGUUUGGAACCAGCAGCCCUCUGGCUUCACAGUCGCAGUACAGACAGUACCGACCCUGACUGCACCUGUCGUGUCCUUGAACCAAACCCUGAGGUGAUAGGUUGAGUCAUGUGGUCAUCUCGGUUCAGAUAUGAGAUUUAUUUCCUGCCCAGGCUGGACAGCAGACACAAUGUACAGAAACACAAGAGGGGUUUGACUGUGACUUGUGAUAUUUAUUUAGCUGCUGUGGGGACCAAGAUGUCGACUGUGGCUGGAUUUGGUAUGUUUGAGUCUUUUUUCCCUGUAGGACUUCGGGAAACAUCACCUCUAUGGGACAGACGGUGAGGGUUUCAGUAUUUUUUGGUUAUUUUGUGGCAUGAAGGGCUGUGGGGAAACUUCUCCACAAGCGUGGCUGAACAACAUUCCCAGAGGAAAUAAAGUCUCGAGUUGAAUCAGAAUCCGGCUUUACUUUUGAAAUGAAGACAUUUCAAGGACACUAAUAGUAGAAACGUAUGAAGCUCCUCCUCCACUACCAACAUUGAAAGCAGCCAGUAUUAAAGAGGUCAAAGGUCAGUGGUGACAUUAAAAGGGUUUUGGUGAAUUUAAUCAGCUUACUGAAAUAGGAGGAGGAUUUUUUUAAAUUUAAAAACUCCUAGUCGACUGUAAUCAGCUGAAACAGUUGAUCUGAGUGUUUUAUGGGCAUUUUAAAGCAGAACACGAGUGUUUUCAUUGGUAAGUAAAAGUCUUUGGUUUGUUUUUGUUGUGGUUUCAUUCCAGGCCUUUUUUAUUUAUAACUUACAAAUCUGUACGUUUUUUUUUCUACUCGAUUGAAAUUUGUUUUGGGAUGAAACCAUGUUUGUCUUCGCUCUUAGGUUUGACCACAGAACUGCUGCUGCAGACGGCAGUGAACAACAGAACGAUCGAAUCUGUAUUAGAACUUCUACCAACAAUUAUUCUUAUACUUUCAGUUUGUUCUCUGAUUAUAGAGUUAAGAAAAUAAGAAAAGUGGCAAAUCUUUACAUCUGAGAAACUAACAGUUUUUGUUAGUUUUAUUUAAACACCUAAUUAUCAUAUUUAUUGCAGAUAAAUUGUCAAGUUGCCAAUUGAGUUGUUCCAGCUCUGCGUACGUGUCUACCUGGCAAAUAAUCCAUCGACUGAAUCUUAACAGCACACGAGUGCGUUUCCUCGGUGAGGUCUGUCCACAGCCCGUCCUCUUGGAUCGCACUUAAUCACAACGGUCACAACAUGAUGGAAUGUGGAGCGAGGAGGGAAACUGAUUUAUACAGUUUGUGAUUUUCAUUAAAAGGACCUUUCUUUGUCCUCUACUGGGAUAUGAAUGCUUUCAUAAGGGUUUCUUAUUAUUAUUCUUUUUAAUCUGAGCUCUGGCUGAGUGUCACAGGAUAGUAAAUCCAUCCUCUCACCCAGGUUUCUGGUUUGCAGAGUCAUGUCAGAUUGGUACAUCGGUAGCUGAGGAGUCAAACCCACUGCUUCUCCAGAACAGGGAGCUGCACUGAGGUGUCAAAGAAAUGUUCUCUCAGAGCAAACGUCCAGUGACACUCAGCCCUAAUGAGACUUGUUUCAUGUUUAUUUGAAAGGACGACCGGGAUGUGGUUAUUAAA